UCUGUACUCAACUAUAAAGUUGUCUAUAGCCAUUUCAACUCUCUUCUCACUAAUGGCUUUCGAUUUUCAAUCACGCCAAAAAAUCAUAAAUAUUAAUUAGGUGAUAGAAAGUUAAGAAAGUUUGAGUAUUUCUCCAAUGGGUUGGAGUUGCUUUGGAGUUUUGCAAUCAUGUAAACACAAUAGAGAGACUCAAGUCCAAGAGAUCACGACCAACAAUGUGAGGCUUUUUUCCUAUAACUCAUUGAGAUCAGCAACAGGGCAUUUUCAUCCAUCUAACAAGAUAGGAGGUGGUGGUUUUGGAGUUGUUUAUAAGGGAGUUUUGAGAGAUGGAACUUAUGUUGCCAUUAAAUGUCUCUCUGCUGAAUCAAAACAAGGGACCAAGGAAUUCUUGACAGAGAUUAAUAUGAUUUCAAGUACCCAACAUCCAAAUCUUGUUCAGUUGAUUGGUUGUUGUGUUGAGAGUGGCAAUAGAAUGUUGAUAUAUGAAUACUUGGAGAAUAAUAGCCUUGCCAGUGCUUUACUAGGUUCUAACGGUAAACGUGUUGCCCUGAAUUGGCCUCAAAGAGUUGCUAUAUGUUUAGGUACAGCAUCUGGUUUAGCAUUUCUUCAUGAGGAGGCCUCACCACCGAUUGUUCAUCGAGAUAUUAAGGCUAGUAAUAUUCUUAUAGAUGAAAAUCUUCAUCCUAAAAUUGGAGAUUUUGGUCUGGCUAAGCUUUUUCCUGAAAAUGUCACUCAUCUAAGUACGCGAGUAGCAGGAACAAUAGGUUAUCUUUCUCCUGAGUAUGCCUUGUUUGGACAACUCACGAAAAAGGCAGAUGUCUACAGUUUCGGAGUUCUUGUACUUGAAAUCAUAAGUGGAAGAAGCAGUAGUAAAUCAGCAUUUGGAGUGGAUCUCUUGGUUCUGGUGGAAUGGGUAUGGAAGCUUAGAGAAGAAGGGCGACUUCUGGAAAUCGUUGAUCCAGAGCUAACAGAGUAUUCAGAAGCUGAAUUACUGCGCUUCAUCAAAGUUGCUCUCUUUUGCACACAAGCUGCACCUACCCAAAGACCUAAUAUGAAACAAGUGCUUGAGAUGUUGUCUAAAGAAGUCAACCUCAACGAGAAGUCGUUAACUGAACCAGGAGUUUAUAGACCACAUAGCUUGAAACGAUCAAGUUAUGGUAGUCUGCAGAAAUCAUCCUCCGCGGGGAAGAAUGGGGUGCCAUCUGUAAAUCCUUUUGCAACAUCAACAAAGUUUGAGAGUUUUCAGAGUGUCACCCAAAUGCUUCCUAGAUAAUGUUAACUGGUGUUCUUGUUCUUUAUACUUGUAUAUUGCUGAGCUGAUGGCAAGGAGUAAAUGUAUUCUCUCAUUAGACUUG